UACUUAUUUUUGGUAUUUUCACAUUCCCAACUGGUGGUCACACAUAUUCAAAGAAAAGAGUGAGCGAGAGCAACGAUCGGUAGAAGUGCGUUUUAAAUAGGCAAUAUCAACAAAGAUCUGUGUUUCGGAUAUGUAUAUAUCGAUUAUAAAGAAGCAAAUAUAGUUUAACAAUUGAAAACAAGAUUAUUAUCAACAGCCGUAAAAGUUCAUUUAACGACAAUGACGAUGAUGACAAUGCUAAUACAAAUAUAGUCAAGACUGGAUGUGAAAAUUAUAGGAAUGCGCCACAUGCUAGUCCAGCUAAAUAUCAGUUAAAACAAUUGUACACAAUGCGCGAGGCGCUUUUCUCACAGGAUGGCUGGGGAUGCCAGCAUGUUAAUCAGGAUACCAAUUGGGAGGUACCCAGUUCCCCGGAGCCAGCCAAUAAAGAUCCAUCGGUGCCAUCGAUGUGGAAGCCAAACAUUAACAAUGGCACCGAUUUAUGGGAAUCGAAUUUAAGAAAUGGAGGCCAGCCACCUGCCCAACAAGUGCCAAAGCCAUCAUGGGGCCACACGCCGUCGUCCAAUUUGGGUGGUACUUGGGGCGAGGAUGAUGAUGGUGCGGAUAGCACAAGUGUUUGGACUGGUCAAUCAUCGAAUAGUGCAGCUUCCAAUGUUCCUGUGGGCGCCAACGUCCCGGGCGUCGGAUCUUCAACGGCGCCCCAGUGGGGCCAAGGCGUCGGAGUUGGAGUGGGUGUUGGAGUUCCCUUAAAUACAGCGGGAAAUAAUAGUGUGCCAACAACUGGCGCACUGCCUGUUGUCGCACCUGGAUGUGGAAGUAACGGAAAUAAUUUAAGUGGGACUGGAGCUGUUGGAGGAGGAGCUGGAGCUAAUGUUGGUAAUACUGGCAAUGGCUGGGGAGAUCCUCGUGAUAUGCGACCGUUAGCUGGAGCUGGUGGCGGUGGCCCUAUUGACAUUCGAAACGUCGAUCCGCGUGACCCGAUAACAAUGCGUGGGGUUGGGGCACCAACUGGGGAUCCAAGGGAUUUACGCAUGAUUGAUCCAAGGGAUCCGAUACGCGGCGAUCCGCGUGGUAUAUCGGGUCGUUUAAAUGGUACAUCCGAAAUGUGGGGCCAUCAUCCACAGAUUGCCCACAAUCAAAUUCAAAAUAUCAACAAAAUGGUUGGCCCUGUUGUAGGCACUGCUGGAGCGAAUAUGACUAACUCAAAUAUUGGUCCAGCUGGCGUUGGCUCCAUCUCAAGUAACAUUGGAGCACAAUGGGGUGCCGCGCCACAAGCUGUCGUUGGCGGCGGCGGUGGUACUGUUGGUGUUGGAGUUCCAAAGGACUUAGCGAAGCAAAUAACAGGAUGGGAGGAACCAUCACCGCCACCACAACGACGAAAUAUACCCAAUUAUGAUGACGGAACUUCACUAUGGGGACAACAGACGCGUUUACCCGGCAGCGGUGGCCACUGGAAGGAUAUGACGGACUCGAUGAGCCGCAGUCAUUUGAUGCGUUCCCAAAAUCCAUCGAGCCAAAUUGUUGGCAGUAGUAAUGUGCCCGGCGGUGUUGGUGGGAAUCCAAAUAACACAAUGGCUGGAGUUGUCGGGCCACAGUCCCGAUUGUCGAGCACAGCCGGACCAACUGGAGGAGUUGGAGUUAGUGGACAGCAUGGCAAAGCGGAUUCUGGUGCCAUGUGGGUCCAUCCAAAUAAUAGUGGAGCUGCUAGUGGAGGCCGAAAUGCUCAACAACAAGUCAGCUCCUGGGGCGAUGAUAGUCACAAUGUUGGUGUCGUUGGUGCUGGUGGUGGAGGUGGCUCUGUCGGCGGCAGCAAUUGGGUCGAUGAUAAGCAGAACAGUUCACUGGCUCAAAUUGGCGGAAAUUCCACAUCGUGGAGCGACUCUCCGUCUGGUGGCGUAGGAUGGGGCAAUAAACAAAACAAAUUAUCAACAACAGGUGGCGCCUCAUCUGGCUGGAGCAAUCCUAACACAGUUGGCGGCAAUGUCGAUGGUAAUGAUAUAUCUUCGGACUGGCCACAUGGUGGCGCAAUCGUUGGUAAAGCACAACAGCAACAGCAGCAGCAGCAACAACAACAGCAGCAACAGAAGCUUGCUGGCAUUAAUGUUGGAGUUAGCAUACUUAACACAGAUAUUGUUAAGCAGAGCAAGCAAUACAGAAUUUUGGUGGAGAAUGGCUUUAAGAAGGAAGACGUUGAGCGAGCAUUGCUGAAUAGCAAUAUGAAUAUUGAGGAUGCAGCUGAAAUGUUGCGUGCCAAUACAAGUUCGUCAGUGGCGGCAAUCGAUGGCUGGCGCCGUCACGAUGAAGUACUUGGUUCCUAUGCUGAUCAUUCAAAUACUACGAAUAGUGGUGGAUUUCCACAACGUUAUCCAGCACAACCUUCAAUGUCAUUCCCUCCGAAUAAUCUUAUGACGAAUAUGAGUGGGACAGCUGUAACUGGUGGCAACAAUCCAAAUAUGGCUGCAUUGCAAGUGCAAAAAUAUUUAAACCAAGGAGGUGGACCUCCACAUGGCGUUGCGCUUGGGCCACAAUCUGUAAACGCAUCAAAUGCAUCGGUUGUUGGAUUCUGCCAAAAUCCACCGAAUUCAGCGCCAGCGGUCAAUAUGGCAUCAAAUGCUAAUAAUCAACCAUCGGGCCAGCAUAUUCGUAUGCUUGGCCAGCAAAUCCAAUUGGCCAUACACAGUGGCUUUAUAUCCAGUCAAAUUUUGACACAGCCUCUAACACAAACAACGUUAAAUUUAUUGAAUCAACUACUCAGCAGUAUAAAGCAUCUUCAAGCAGCACAGCAAUCACUUUCUAGAGGCGGCAAUACCAAUCAAAUGGUUGCCAAUUUAGCAAUCGCCAAAUAUAAACAACAAAUUCAGAAUUUACAAAACCAAAUCAAUGCACAACAGGCUGUUUAUAUAAAGCAGCAGAAUUUGCAACAAAAUUCACAGCAACAGCAUCAAUCCGGACAUUUGAAUAAUUCUGGAAAUGAUUAUUUAAGAAAUCAUGAUGCGAUCGCCACACUACAAGGAAACUUUCCGGAGCUUAAUCUUAAUAAGCCAAGUGGCUAUCAGGGUGCGCCUAAUCAGCAGUCCCGCUUAAAUCAGUGGAAGCUUCCAGUAUUAGAAAAGGACACCAUUGCAGCAGAUAGUACUGAUUUUUCGCGAGCUCCGGGUGCAACCAAGCAAAAUUUAUCUAGCAACUCAAGCAACAUGGGACCAUUGGGUCUACAAAAUGAUGGUACUUGGUCUACUGGACGCAAUAUUGGCGAUGGUUGGCCAGAUCCAUCAAUUGAUAAUGAGAACAAAGACUGGUCAGUUGCACCAACAGCAGCUGCGUAUACCGACCUGGUACAGGAGUUUGAACCUGGCAAGCCAUGGAAGGGUUCUCAGAUCAAAAGCAUUGAAGAUGACCCAAGUAUAACUCCAGGAAGCGUUGCUCGAUCUCCAUUGUCCAUUAAUCCGACGCCAAAAGAUGCUGAUAUUUUUUCCAAUACUGGCAAGAACUCACCGACUGAUCUGCCACCAUUAAGUUUAUCUUCGUCAACGUGGAGUUUUAAUCCAAACCAAAAUUUUCCUAGUUGGUCAGACAACACUCAACAAUGUGCCACCUCAGAACUCUGGACGAGUCCUCUCAAUAAAAGCUCAUCCCGAGGACCUCCACCAGGCUUAAGCACAAAUAAAGCGGGUGGCGUUACGGCUACUACAGCACCAUCUCCUACGGUCGCCGGUAAUUCCAACGGCUGGCUACCAAAUCGAAGUGUACCCAGCACUAACACAACUUGGACUGGAGGCAACGCCAGUUCAUGGAACUCGAGUUGGUUGCUUCUAAAAAAUUUAACUGCUCAGAUUGACGGCCCUACAUUACGAACAUUGUGUGUGCAACAUGGUCCACUUGUUAGCUUCCACCCAUACUUAAACCAGGGGAUUGCCUUAUGUAAAUAUACAACGCGUGAGGAGGCUAACAAAGCACAAAUGGCGCUCAACAAUUGUGUGCUUGGAAACACAACGAUUUAUGCCGAAUCGCCGAGCGAGAACGAGGUGCAGAAUAUACUGCAGCAUUUGCCACAACAACAACAAGCUCCGUCCACCACAAACGCUGGCAGUGCAAUUGUUAACAGUGGCACUGGUACCACUGGUGGUGGCAGUAGCUCUGGUGGCACAAGCUUAUCUAGUGGCAGCAAUAGUAGUAAUGGCAAUGGCAGUGGCGGCAACGGCGGCACCAACAGCGUAUCAAAUCCUGCCGGUUCGAUCGGCGUGCCCAGCAGCAAUGCCAGUGGAGCUGGUGGGGGCUCGGUCGGUGGCGGCAGUGCAGGUGGUAACAAUAAUAAUAGUAACGGCAGUAACAAUAUGAGUCAAUCAACUAUAAAUGGUGCUACAACAAGUGGUGGCAAUACCAAUACCAAAAGCGUCGUUACCAACAACACGACCGGUGGAAGCGUUGGCGGCAACAAUAUGACAACAGCCAUGACUGUUGUUGGCCAAUCAAAUGUUGUCACUGCUGCGACCAGCGCCAAUUCGACGUGGCGCCAAACAACUCAAGCUCUACAGGGUCCAAAUAGGCCAGCCGGUAGGGAAGCAGACUAUGAUUAUAUAUCUCAAUUCGUUUGUUCCAUUGUUGAUGAUUAGUGUGAUGAUGAUAGUGAUGAUGACGAUGAUGAUUGAUUAUAAUGUUAUAUGUGGCGAGACAAUGGCAUAGUUUUUCUGUCUAUCCAAAACUCAUACACAUAUACUAAUAUAUAUAUAUAUAUAUAUAUAUAUAUAUAUAUAUAUAUAUAUAUAUAUAUAUAUAUAUAUAUAUAUACUCACACAUAUUUGGAAAAAGCUAUGUUGUUGGAAGCGUAUACACACACACACCUUAAAAGUGGAUCGAUCGACUGAUAAACGAAUGGACUUAGAAUUUUUGUAUGCCUGUAGAUUUAUUUUUUCUUCAUCGUUCAUAGUUCUUAGGGAUGUAUUUAUGUAAGAAAAAUUGAUAUAUACAUACAUACAAACAUACAUACUUUUGGAAA